AUGACAGAUGCAGAGAGAAAUGUUUACUUAACAUUUUUAAAAGAUUUAAAAGUAAAGAAGAAAGAAUAUCAUGAAUUUGAAAAAUCACUUAAUGUAUUACAAAAUUAUGCUGCUUUGAAAGGAUUGGUGGAUGAUGAUAUUGACUUUCUAGCAAAUGUUAUUAUGAAUACAGGUUUAGGUGCUACUAAAUUGGUGCCUUUAGUAAAAUGUUUAGUUCCAGUGUAUAAAGUACCUGAACAUACAGUUAAAUCUAUUCUUUCUUGGUGCUUAUCAUCUAUAAAUGAACUGCCUAUUACUUUAUCUACCGUCAUUAUACAAUGGAUAAUUGGUAUAUUAGAUUACCAAUUGAUAGAUGAAAAAGUUAUAAAUAUAUAUUAUAAUGUUUUCUUUUACUGGAUGUUAAAAAAAGAAAGAUUGGAAAGACAUAUAGCACGUCUCAUUCAUGUAUUGACAAAGCCAGAGGAUAUAUCUCGCAGAAAUGUAACUAGAUUAUUAGCUCUUCAUAAGAAAUAUUCAAAACCUCAAAAACACAUUAUUGUUUUACUAUCAUUAUUCAAAUCUUAUAAACCUGAAUUAGUUCCUGAAAAAGUUCUAUAUAUAAAUACAAAAAGUGCAUGGUCUCCAAUACCUGAAAUUUUACAAGUAAUGCUUCAAGAUGCUCAAACUCGUUUCGAGAAUCAACAAGUACAGGACUCAAAUUUAAAUUCUUUUAACUGGGAUAAAUUUAGGCUUAUGAAGACAAAAAAGACAGAAUCUUACAGUACAGUACCUUUAAUACCAUCUAUAGGAUAUUUCCAAAUUGGUUCUAGUAUUUUUAAAGAAAAGAAAACAAAGCCUAUUUUUGAUGUUUCUAGUACAGAAGAAUUGGGAAGGUUGCAUUUAGACAUAGAAUUACCAUGUAAUGCUGUAUCUCUUUUAGCUAAUACAGCAGGAUUUCAUCUUCUGACAUUUGCCGAUUUCCAAUAUCAAAGUAGAUUUUCUUAUAAUCUUUAUAACACCUUAAUAAGAGCUUUUAUGUUGGAAAAUGAAAAAUUUUCUGCGGAAGAAAUUAAUAAACUACUUGAUAUGACUAUAGAGUUUUCACGAUACAUGCAACAAGACAUACUUAUUGUCAAUCGGUUUCUUGAUGAGUAUCUGUAUUAUAAUACAGGAGAAUAUCAAUCAAAAUUACUAACUUUGUUACAGUGGACAACUUCGAUGUCUAUUAACGAUUUGCAGGAAAAAAUAUUAGUGCAUAUCCAAAAUAUGUUCUAUGAAUCAAACUUAAGUACAAAGUGUGAAAUUAUCAAAAUGUUGAAAAUGUUGAUCACAAAUUUGUUUGUUAGUCAAGGAUUUGAAGACUGUUGCCAUAAAACACCUGCUCCAUUUUUAGGACAAAAUGCAAUGAAUAAUUUUGAAGAAGCUAUUCCCAUUCUCACAAAGAUUUCAGAGGACCUUAUUACAUCUGGUUUAAACAUGUAUUUGUAUGAUAUUUUGUUUCUUUCAGAAGCAUUAUCGUUUUAUGAAGAGAUUUGUACAUUGGAAAAUCGGAGUGCUAUAUUAUCCUUUACAUUAGCACCCCCUGCAGUGAUUUAUGCAUGUUUAAUUACAAAACACUGUGCAAUUUUAUCAAGGAUAUGUAAAUUAUUAUUAAGAUAUUAUGACAGAAGUUCAAAAUUAAAAAAUCGUAAAACACGUAAGUUAUUAAAGAAAGAAAUUCACACUACACUUGUCUAUGCUAAAGACAUUGUGGCAGCAUUAUGGUAUAAUACGCACUCUAAGGAAAGCAGUAAUGUCUUACAAAAUAUUUUAAUGAAUGUGAUGACAAAUUUAGAAUAUUGUAAUACAGAUCGUUUUUUGAAUAUUGAUAAUCAUUAUGCAUUUUUACCUUACAAGUGCGUGCUCAACGAAACAGGACUAAAUAUCAGUACAAAAGAGGAUACUAUGAGCGUAGCCUUGUAUUAUUGUCCAAUUAUAAGUGAAUUUCUUAAUGUAUUCAAAAAUCAACGAUAAAUUUAGAUAUAAAAAUAUUUAUAUUACUUUUGAAGUUUAUUUUUAUGUGAUAAUGAUAUUCAUAAUACUCUUGUGAUCUAAUAAAUGUU